AUGAUUGAUACCAAAUUUAAUGAGUUAUUUCAACAAGCUAUGACAAGCGAUUCUCAAUUGAUCGCCCGUGUACUAUUAACUAGUAAUGAGUUCAAGGGUGUAAUGCACGGUGUUGAGUCGUUGGUUGACGUUGGUGGAGGUGAUGGUACUAUGGCUAGUUCCAUUGCCUUGGCCUAUCCUGAUGUCAAAUGUACCGUGUUCGAUCUACCAAACGUAGUCGAAGGGAUACAACGAAAUGAGAAGGUAGGGAACUUGACAUAUGUUGCAGGUGACAUGUUUGAAGCUAUUCCUCAUGCUCAACUCAUCUUACUCAAGUGGAUAUUGCAUAAUUGGAAUGAUGAGAAUUGCAUAAAGGUGCUUAAGCAAUGUAAAGAAGCAAUUCAGAGCAGAGACAAAGGAGGUAAGUUGUUGAUUAUAGAUAUGGUGGUUGGGAUUCCAAGUGACAAUUUAAACCAAGCUCUUGCAAAUGUGCAUAUGUUGUCCAUUUUGGGAGGAAAAGAAAGAACCGAACAACAAUGGAAAUAUCUCUUCAUCAAUGCCGGCUUCAAUGACUAUAAGAUUUUAUCAAUUUUAGGACCGAGGUCUGUUAUUGAGGUUUACCUUGCAUAA